UUUAUCCCAAAUGGCAUUAAUGCGGAAGUAAAUCAAAGUAGCGGGCACCGUUCUUCAAAAUGGGGAGCAUAAACAUCCUUGAUAUGGCCCUGAGGGCGGCCAAAACAGACGAACAAAAACGUGAAAUUGUGCUGAAAUACUUGGAGAGACAAUGUGACCCAGAAGAUGGUAAAAUCGUGCAGGACUUUCCCGAAGGUCUUGAAUGGUUCAACACAAAGCAGCCAUUGUCUUUGCACCGUGACUUGAGAGGCAAACUGGUGGUGCUGGAUUUCUUCACCUACUGCUGCAUCAACUGCAUGCACAUCCUGCCGGACCUGGAGCUUCUGGAAGAAAGGUUCCCAGUCAGCGAUGGGCUCAUCGUGGUCGGAGUCCACUCCGCCAAGUUUGAGAACGAGAAAUCCUCGGCGAACGUCCUCAACGCCGUACUACGCUACGAUAUCGCCCACGCUGUGGUGAACGAUCAGGAGGCGGUGUUAUGGAACGCGCUGGACGUGCAGUGCUGGCCCACCCUGGUGCUGGUGGGACCGUCGGGGGAGUACCUCCUGCCCAUCAUAGGGGAAGGGAACCGCAAAAAAAUGCUCUUAAUCUGCGAGGUCGCCUUAGAAUUCUUCAAAUCCAGAGGAGAGAUCGCUGCAAAUGCAGAACUCCCGAUGCUUACCCGCCUGAAGGAUACCCUUCCUGAAUCACCGCUUCUUUUCCCUGGAAAAAUCGAAGUCGACGGUCAAGGGAACGAUCUCGCAGUGGCAGAUAGCGGCCACCAUCGUAUUCUGGUUACCACACGGGAGGGUGUAGUGCUUUACUGCAUCGGCGGGACAGAGAAGGGUUUUGUGGAUGGAUCGUUCCCAGAAGCGCGGUUCCACUCACCACAAGGGAUGGUGUGGAAGGAUCAUAUCAUUUAUGUGGCCGACACGGAAAACCAUGCUAUCAGAAAGAUAGACUUGAAAGCCCAGACGGUGUCUACCAUUGCAGGCACAGGGGUGAUGGGUGAUCACAAGUGUCAGUGGGGAGGGGCGCCUGGCCCUGAGCAGGUACUGAGCUCCCCCUGGGAUGUUUGUCUCGGGGGACUAGACGACAGCAUCCUUUUCAUCGCCAUGGCGGGCAGCCAUCAAAUCUGGGGUCUGUUCUUGAAGGAGAGCAAAUGGCUCAAAAACAAAAGUGAGCACAAUGCAGGGGUCUGCAUGCUGUAUGCCGGCUCCGGGAAUGAAGAGAAUCGUAACAACGCCUACCCCCGGAAGGCCAGCUUUGCCCAGCCCUCGGGCCUGGUCAAUCCCCACGUGGACUACCUGAGCUGCAUGUACGUCGCCGACAGCGAGAGUAGCAGCAUACGCAGCGUGUCGCUGAAGGACGGCGCAGUUAAAGGGGUGGUGGGUGGGGAGUUGGACCCCAUGAAUCUGUUUGCAUUUGGUGAUGUUGAUGGCGCAGGACGUGACGCUAAACUACAGCACCCACUGGGCCUAGCCUGGAACCCACUCGUACAGCAUCUGUACGUUGCUGAUUCUUACAACCACAAGAUUAAAGUGGUAGACCCCGUCAAGAAGUCCUGCGUCACUGUGGCAGGCAGUGGCAAGCCUGGGAAAGUGGACGGUUCCAUUCUAUCAGAGGUGGAAUUCAAUGAGCCGGGUGGGCUUUGCAUCUCUCCAACCUUCAGGAAACUGUAUGUGGCAGACACCAACAACAACGCAAUAAGGGUGUGGGAUUUGGAAGAACGCAAGGUCAAAGAGCUGAAGAUAAUCUUUCCAUCAACAAGUGAAGCACCAGUCAGCGAGCUGGACUCACUGUCAAUAUCAGAUCAGCCAAUCAAACCCCUCGUCCCAUCCAGUACACCAGCAACCUCUCACCCUCUACUUGAUGUAACGCCAGAGGGCGCUGUUUGUAUACAGCUGACUGUCAAGCUGCCUAGUGAUUGCGCAUUGACGGAGGGUGCCCCCACUGCAUGGAUGGCAUACAUUAAAGACACAGCCCACCUGGUGUUUGGCAAGAGGCCAAUAUCCAGCUUAGACACGCCACUAUUGCACCGAUGGACGGCGCCCCCUAGCGCAAUCGAGAAAGAUGCCACCCUGCGCAUCGAAGUUGCCGUCUGUUUCUGCGAGAGCGCUUCGGGUACGUGUCACAUGACUGGUUUGGCCUUUGAGUCGCCACUGAGGAUGGCGCCCUCUGGGAGGGAAGGUGAUGCGAACUUAACAAUAAAACACGAGAUGUGCCUGGAGAAAAACUCGUAAAUUAAGAAAAAAAAAAUCUUUAAUAUAUUUUGAAGCAUCAGUUUGAUAUUUGUUUACAAUUAUGAGGUCUCAUCAAUUUUUUUUUUUUGGACGUAGAUAGAUUUUUCAUCCUUGUCACAUAUUUAUGAUAUUUGUAAUAUUUUGUGUACAUAAUACCUUCCCAAUCAUUAUUUUUGCAUUGAUAGGCUGAUUAUAUUCGCUUUAUUUUACACGACAGAGAUUAGUUUUCAAUGCCAAGACAAAAGUCAAUAGAGUACCGAAGUGAAUACAUCACGCACACAAUGUGUGUGUAAUAGACAUUAAGCGCGUGAUUCAAUCCGUGAACCAACACACGCGCGUACUCCAUUCGUUUGCACUACACUUUCUGUAGUUUCUGGUUCUAAAUGACGUCACACUUCGGUACUCUAUACUGUAGUUGCCCUAUUCCACCAAGAAUUAAAAUAAACCCAAACAUAGCCAGACUUGCAACUUUUCCUCAGAUCAGCUGAUUUCCUCAUUUUUCACUUAACACUUUAAUGCCAUUUAAAAUUGAAAAAAAAAUACGCUGUAUAAGUAUUGUAAAGCUUGAAAUUUCCAAUAUGGGUCCAAAUACCAAUAUGGGUUCGAACCCCAAUAUGGGGUCCGAACUCAAAUAUGGGUCCGAACUCGGUCUGAAUCCCAAUGUGUGUCCAAAUACGAAUAUGGGACCAAAACCUAAUAUGGGUCCGAACCCGUUUUCUUGUUACAUAAUGCCAUACCUUCACUAUCAUCCUUUGCACUGAUAGGCUGAGUGGAUUUGUUUUAUUUUCAUGGCAAAAGUUAGUUUUCAAUGCAAGAUAAGAGAUAUUUCAUGAUAAAAAA